UAACGUACGAACAGUAAAGCGUUUAUGUUUAUUAUAGCCACUACGUAUCGUCUUUUUUCUUUCAAUUUUUGUGAGUUGGUGCAUUAUUUUAUUUUUAAAAAUGCCAAAGAGGAGAUGCACGUUCACUGUAUCUUUACAGUCUGAAUUUUCUUUCCUAAAAAAAUGUGAAGAAAUUGGAAAAGUAUUUUGUACGGUGUACAAGGCAGUAUUUUCAAUCGAACAUGGAGGUCGCUCAGAUAUCAAACAGCAUAUGGAAAAGAAAAAGCAUACGUCGGCCUUAUCUAGUGCUUCAAAAAGUGACAAGGUAACCUCAUAUUUUAUUAAACAAGGGCCAGCUGGCUUAACUAGUGAAGGAUUAAAAAUUGCAGCAGAAGAGGGAAUGUUUGCAUUUCACACUAUAGUACAUAACCAUUCUUUUAGGUCAAUGGAUUGCACUACUACUUUAAUAAAAAAGUUACAUGAAAAAAAGUUUUCUUGUGCGCGUACCAAGUGUGAAUCAAUUAUUUUGAAUGUAUUGGCACCUUUUGCAAUGGAUCAAAUAUUAGACGAACUAAAAGCUGUUAAUUUUGCGACGGUUAUGAUUGACACUUCAAAUCAUAAGAAUUUAAAAAUUGUCCCCAUUCUUAUUCGAUAUUUCGAUGAAGAUAUUCUUUUUGAUGAAUAUAACCAUGUAGUUAAUGUUAUAAAUGAAAAUUUAAAAGAAUGGCAGAAUAAGUAUGUUUGUGUUGAAGAAAGAUGGUGUGCUAUUUAUAAAAUUUUAAACAGUAAAAGUAUAUUGAUAAAUCAUUUUUGGAAAAUUGUAGAAUAUUCUCUAGCAAUGCCUGGAACAAAUGCUGCAAUUGAAAGAGUAUUUUCUAUCACUAAUGUAUUAUGGACGGACGAAAAAAAUCGCUUUCUUGUUCCUACCAUCAAAUCAAUUAUAAUUUUGAAAAAUCAUUUCAAAAAAUAUUCGUGUAAUGAUUUUUAUGAUUUUUUGCUAACACAACCAAAACUGUUAAACGCAAUCAGUUCAUCGCAAAAGUACAGUAACGACGCAAUAGUUAAUAAAGAACAUGGUGAGCAAUCGACAUCGACCCAAUAA